AGUCCAACCGAAAUCCACUCGAUGCUCUCUCUUGUUUCCCUCGCUCUGCCAUUUCUCUCGAGCCUAAAAAAAAUUCCCUUUCCUUCUAGGGUUUCGAUAAUCUAAUCAGGGCACCCGCUCCUCGUUUCUGUCAUGUUUCCCUUGAGUUUCGUCCGAUUCAAAGCAGGAUUUCUCUAAUCACACCCAAAAAUCCCCUCCUCACGCAUUUUUCUACCCCGACUCCGAAACCCCAUUUGUUCGUUCUUCAAAUUUUCGCUCGCAUAUCAUCGUUCAAGUGGGUUUCGCAUCAAUUAUGAUUACAAUCUUUAAGCCCUUUAUGACAUUCAUCGUAAUCGUUCUCAAUCUUCGUGUCUUUGGCCCUGGAUUGAAUCCCUUUGCACCCUACUGCGUGGCUCAUCAUUCUAUUGCUGCUUCUCGCUAAUUAUCUUCGCUUUCGGUUUUCCCAUCAAUCCACUUAAAGAAUUUUAAUUUUGCUUUGGUCUUCUUCCUGAGAAUCAUGUAAUUCUUGUGUCUUUUUGGGUUCUGGGUUUGUUGUCGUAGCCAUAUUUCGAACGAUAAUUUUUCGAGGACGAUUGAUUCUUACCGUUGUGGAAUUUGAGGGGAGUUCUGUUUGUAGUUUCUGGUUUGUGGUUUUACGAACUAUUACGAUUGGGGGCGUUCUAGUUGAUUGAAGGGUAAUAGAACAUGCCCCAGGAACAGAGGAGCCCGAUUAGUCGAAGCCUUUCAAGAAGGCGUUCAUUCCGAUAUGAGGAAUUCAAUACGGAUGACAGGGGAUGGACUUCACUCCACAUUGGUGCGCGAAAGGGUGAUCUCAAAGAGGUGAAACGUCUGCUCAACGAAGGAAUGGAUGUGAAUGCAAUAGCAUGGGGCCCCAAAUCAAAGGGGCUGACCCCCCUCCACCUUGCUGCCGAGGGUGGGCAUCUUGAAGUAAUGGAUGAAUUGCUUGAACGUGGUGCCAACAUUGAUGCUAGAACUAAAGGUGCUUGUGGCUGGACACCUCUGCACAGUGCAGCCAAAGAGAGGAGGAAGAAAGCCGUGAAGUUCCUAGUGGAGAAUGGGGCGUUCUUGCCAGACGACAUCAACGACUGCAGAUUUAAUCCCCCCCUACACUACUGUCCGGGUCUCGAGUGGGCGUACGAGGAGAUGAAGCGUCUUCAACACGAAUUUGUUUCGUCUGGAGAGACAUCUUGCAGUUCUGAGAGCUGAAAACCCGUUCCAUCCCCCUUCGUGAUGCUGUUAAGUGUUUGAUUCUGUUUUUAUGAAGACAUCUAUCUUAAAUUUGUAUGUGUGUGUGUUCUUCUAUGGAUUAUGGAACUCUACUUUUGAAGUGUGUUGUGAUGAAACCUUAAACUAAACUUAAAACUGUGUUGUGUGUUUGUGAAAA